AUGCUGGGAUGCGGCCACGUCGACCGGCUCCGACUCCUCGCCCUCGAACAACUCCGCGGCCAUGUUGAACCUCUCGAUGUCGUCUCCCUCAUCGCCAUAAACGUGGACGGGCAGCUGGUCUACUGCUUCCACUCGGGCAUAUCCACGACCUUGUUGAUGUACAUGACCAUCUUCCCGUACUUGCCGCAGAGCUUGAUCCUGAGGUUGCCCUUCUUCGAGCAGUGCGUGACCUGCGGCUUGAGCAAGAACCCAGAGGCGGCCGACUUGGUCCACACGAGGCUGGGUCUGGAUGAGCCUCCGGAGCCGUCCGUCUACAAGUACAAGUCCGCGCACGAGUCCGUGAUCCUCAUCGCGAACAAUGUCUCCCAGGCGUUGAUGAGCGCGAAUGUGGACGUGCGCACGAGCAUGGACACGGCGCUGAACGUGAAGGUCAACACGGCCAUGGUCCUGAUCAUCUCCAGAGUCUAG